CUGAUGGUUGAAACUUGAAACUUGGUCCUCUCACAUCACAGGACAUUCACUCCUUUGUAAGAAAAGGUGCAGUGAAGUGGCGUGUCCAAGCAAAAGUAUCAUUUUUUGCAUCACAAUAGUAACAAAGUGUGGGGUAGCGUAGCACACCAAAGAAGAGACUCAAAAAAUCCUCCUUUUUCAUUCCAGUGUUUCACCCUAACGAAAUAAUGUUGAAGAAUGAAGGAGAGGAGAGUAAACCUGAAGGUAGCCAACGUCAUUUAGGGUUUCCUCGGGUUGCCCUCAAUGAGAGAAUCCUUUCUUCCAUGACCAGGCAAUCUGUGGCUGCUCACCCCUGGCAUGAUCUUGAAAUUGGGCCUGAUGCUCCAGCAGUUUUCAACUGUGUUGUGGAGAUAAGCAAAGGGAGCAAAGUUAAGUACGAGUUGGACAAGACAACGGGUUUGAUUAAAGUUGAUCGGGUCCUAUACUCAUCAGUUGUUUAUCCACAUAAUUAUGGUUUCAUCCCACGUACCCUUUGCGAGGACAGUGAUCCUAUGGACGUGCUUGUUCUGAUGCAGGAGCCUAUACUACCAGGUUCUUUCCUUCGAGCUCGGGCUAUUGGACUCAUGCCUAUGAUUGAUCAGGGUGAGAAAGAUGACAAGAUUAUAGCUGUGUGUGCCGAUGAUCCUGAGUUCCGUCACUACAGGGAACUUAAAGAACUUCCUCCUCAUCGCCUCGCUGAAAUCCGCCGUUUCUUUGAAGACUACAAGAAGAACGAGAACAAGAGCGUUGCUGUGAAUGACUUUCUUCCAGCUGAAGAUGCUAUCGCUGCCGUCCAAUAUUCAAUGGAUCUCUAUGCUUCAUACAUUGUUGAGGGCUUGAGGAAGUAAGACACGCUACGAGGUGGUUAUGGACAACAACAGAGCUUCAUGAUAAGAUGCUAAUUAUUGGUGGACCGCCUUUUUUUUCUUCUUUUCGCUAUUGGCCUGUUUACUAAUAGUUAAAUGCCCAGGCACUCCUGAUAGGCUGAUAUGAUGAUGAUGAAAAACAGAUUGCCUUCAUGGCUAUUUGGAUGGCAUGUAAUGUAACCUAUCUGAAAUGCAUGGUGCAGGUUUUUAAAUGGAAUGUGAUAUGCAGUUCUUGAUA